AUGCUAUUCGGUACGAGUCUCAGAACUGGAUCUCAAACAGUCAAGCCUUUGCAUUUGCCUUGCCGGUCAGACAGGGUAGGGUCACUGAAAAACAGCUCAAGAUAUACGGCAGCAAGCUCGCACGCAACAUUUUUCGAGGCGGUGGUCCCUUCAUGUUGGAAGAUUCAAGUGAUUUGGUGGCCCAUUUCUUGCACAAACUUGGCUACCUUGAUGAGACAUGGAACUCUGAUUUCACCGAGGCCUCGAAUGGUUUUUGGAAUGCAAGCAGCUGCAAAGCUGAGAACGGCAUUAUUGUCUGAUUCCUGCAAUGGACAGUGGCAGCCCGGGGGCACAUCCAUGCCAGCUGUUAUAGACAUGCUUCAGCGGAAGAGUCUCUUGUCGUUGGGCUCUGAAUCUCCAGCGAUGGAUGAGGUUUGGUGUGCAAUGAAGACCUAUGCUGAAGUUCAUGGGUUGCCCAGGAUGAAGACCUUCAAUGCCUUGGCAGCGCACAUUCUCAAACAUGCUGAUCAAAAGGAUCCCCUCAGAAGAGGAAAGAUUGAAAUAGCAAAGUAG